CGGUCUGGCAGUCACGCUAGCAGGUUAGACUUGUAUGGGAUCGCAAGUGCGUCUAACAUCGCUAGGAAUAGGAAUAGAAGACGCCAGAAAACAAGGCUUUCAUUAGACUCGUAAGCUGGUGCUAACGACAUACACCCGUAUCAAGCCGAUAUGAUGAGGUAGCGCACAAAAAGGCUAACUUGGUCAUGGCUCUUCUAGCGAUGAUGAUCGCUCGCUUCAUGGUGACCGUCGCAGUGAUUGGUAGCGUUACCAUCUAUUUCUACUUCUACAUCCUUAAAGACAAAUCGCCGUGGCAACCGGGUAAACAACCCUAUCUAGCAUGGGACUACGCAAAUCGCCGCAAAGUCCUCAUUCUUAAGGAACCCGGCGCUAGAGUGUCAAUCAUCGGCCAGAUAUUCAAUCAGCACCCGGGCGUGUUUUAUAUGAAUGAACCCCUGUACCCCUUUGAGAUGUUCCGAACGCUGAACUACACCAAGAGAGGCGAGUAUAACGGCCAAGUGCGUGCAUUUCUGGACAAUGUCUUUCAUUGCCGUUUCUAUGGUUACGAUGACUAUUUGACAUUCUUCUCUCAUCCGGGACUAACGGAUCCUCGAUAUCGGCUGUCGAGUAGGUCUCUCUCAUCGCCUCCAUUGUGUUACUCCCACAUGGAGAACUUCACGAGUUUAGCGGCCUAUUCCGCCAACUGCCCGAUACUAGUACCGCGGUGGAUAUCACGGGUGUGCGCGCGAGAGCCCCACGCUGUCGUGUCAAUUGCUUCCAAACGCGCCCCAGGGGGUGGACUCACUGGGCUCAUCCCCUUGAUUACGUCAGAGGCAUUGAGCGUUAUUCAUGUUGUUACAGACCCACGCAUGCGUGUGUGGGAAGGAUCGCUGGACAAGGACACGAGUGUUUCUUUCCAUGAUUAUGCGCAGAAAGAGUGCGCAGAAGUCGAGCGCGAAUUGAACGCAUCGCUCAGCCUCCGAGCUCGCGAUAACACCCAUUACCAUGUUCUGAAAUACGAAGAUUUCAUUCACAAUGUGUCUUCGGCUGCACCGGAAGUAAUUCGUGUCGUUGAUUUGCAUUACUUACCGGAAGUGAGAGACUGGGUACAGGUUAAGAGUGGGGACUGGGUCGAGGCUGAGUCGAAAAGGCAUGGUGUGCCGGUUGACGAGUGGAGGGUGAAGAUGAGUGACGAUCAGUUGGCUGCCACUGAACGAUUCUGUGCUUUCUCUUUGCGAAAGCUAGGCUACAAGUUUGGACGCUCCUGAGUCAAUAAUUUACACUUUUAAGUGUAAAUGCCAGAAAACUCAAACCUCUAAGGAAAUAGAAAAUGGUUCGAAAUCUUUGAAAUCAUCUAAGUGAAACAACCUACCAGUUCCAUUUAGUAAAGUUCAAGUUACCGAUAGAAUAAAUAUGGAAGAGUACUUGAAGGGAAACAGGAAAGGCCAGACAGACUCCCAAAAAUUUCCGAAUUAAAUACAGGCACUCGAAGAAGAAAUCCCGGAAAUUUUUAUUCCCUUUCGUUCCAUUUUUGCAUUCCCUGCAAGACCAGGAGAUCCAAGGUCGAGUUGCCAAGGAUUCCAGUUUCCAAGGGUUUGAGUAUUCGAGACACCGUACUACUUGUACAAUAAAAGCAGACAUUUUGACACAAA